AAGAAAUUGAAAAUGAAAGCUGGUUACUCCAUUGAUGAAGAAGGAGAAAAAGAUGUAACCAAGAAGGAAAGUAAAGGCAAGGAACAUAUGGAGGAUGUUGUAGAUGAGAGAAAAAGCUUGUUGGAUAUUUGGAAGAUGAUAAAAAAAAAAUGAAUGAGUCAAUUACCGACAUGGGGAAGAAUUUAAUGGGUAGGAUAAAUGCAUUAGAAGGUAAAUUCGAAUGUUAUGUGGAGAAGAGAAUGGGUGUGUUAGAUGAGAAGUUUAGUGAUAGGAUUAAAACGGUGGAGGUAGAUUUGAAAGGAAUGAAAGAAACAAAAGCCACUAAUGUACCAAUUGAUUCGACUUCAAACAACAAUGAAGAGGAUGAGGCUCAUAGUCAUCAACCAUCUUGGAUGGUAGAGAUGAAAGAGACAUCGAAAGAUGAAUUUCCAUUCCCUCGAGUGGUGAAGAAGGUUUACACUGUGAGUAAUAAAAAGAAGAAGUCAGAAACAGAAAUAUCUGCUGAUCUUCCUCUAUGUGAGCAGAAUUAUUUUACUCAAGAUCAUCAGAAAAACUUUGUGGGUGAUGUUUUAAAGAAACUUGGUCGCAAGAAUGCAUGUCCAGCUGCCGUAAAGGUUGAAAAGGAGAAGGGAAAGAGGCCAGCUGCUGAUGGUGAUGAACUUGAAGAUAUUACUGACAAAGUUGUUGCUCUUGAUACAAAAAUGGCUUCUAGUUCAGAAGAUACAUGGGAUGACCCUGAACAACAGUUGAUUAGUAAAAGGCUUGAUGCAACAUUGACAUGACUUGGAGAGGCGUUAAAAUUAGAUGGAGAUACGA